GGCCGCCAGUCGAGUGCCGGCCGCCCGAGAUGUCGCACCACUAUGACAGCGCCACACAGCUUCGCCAUCCGGAACCUGCUGCCCGAGGCCUCGUCACGCUCCCCCUCGCCGUCCGACACUGAGCUCGACGUCACCGGCACCGAGACUCCGCCGCCAGGCUCCUCAACACUCCCCGAAGAAAAGAAAAACGAAAAGCCGGCCUACAGCUACAAUGCACUCAUCAUGAUGGCCAUCCGCAGCAGCCCUGAAAAAAGACUGACUCUCAACGGCAUAUACGAGUACAUAAUGAAGAACUUUCCUUACUAUAAGGAGAACAAGCAAGGCUGGCAGAACUCGAUACGGCACAACCUGAGCUUGAACAAAUGCUUCGUGAAGGUGCCGAGGCAUUACGACGACCCGGGGAAGGGGAACUACUGGAUGUUGGACCCUUCUUCGGAUGAUGUGUUUAUUGGGGGCACGACGGGGAAGCUGCGGCGGCGGUCGACGGCGGCGUCGCGGUCGCGGCUGGCGGCGUUCAAGCGAGGCGCGCUGCUGCACCCUAUGUUCGGGAAUCCUUACGCGUCGCUGGUGGGGCUGUAUCCUCCGUUGCUGUCAGUGUACGGGAGGUACGCUCUCCCAAGCCCGCUGCUCAGGCUGCCCCCGCCCCCACCUACCUCUUACCACCAGUUGUACAGGAGGAUACACGGCCUGGCGCCUCCCAUGAGCCCUCCGACCCAGGAGCCAGAUCAUCUAGUGAAGCACAGUUGAUUAGUGAGGUGAGAGAUGGCCCUUCGCAAGGUAUUGCUACAUAUCUUGGUGAAGGAAAGUGACUGUGAUAUGUGGACAGUGUACAGUAAUGGUGACGCUAUUUAUUAUUAAUGUAAGAUUUAUAUUUAAAUUCUAACUUAAUAAGAGGCUUAAUUUAAGUUAUGAAGCAAUAAACGAUGUUUCCGAAACGAUGGACGACUAUUUA